AUGUUUAUCAAAUGCUUGAGAACGGAUAGAGGUGGAGAGUAUAACUCUGGAGAAUUCAGGGAGUUCUGCGACAAGCAUGGAAUUAAGAGGCAUCUAACCACUGCAUAUACUCCUCAACAGAACGGAGUAGCUGAGAGGAAGAAUCGAACCAUCAUGAACAUGGUGAGAACAGUUCUGCGAGAGAAAGAGAUACCAAGAUCAUUUUGGCCUGAAGCUGUUCAAUGGGCAAAUCAUGUUCUUAACCGGUCACCUACUGUAGCCGUAACUGACAAAACACCAGAAGAAGCUUGGAGUGGCAAGAAACCAUCGGUAGAGUACUUCAAGAUCUUUGGUUGUGUGGGACACGUUCACAUCUCCGACGUCAAGCGAACCAAGCUCGAUGACAAAAGUGUGAAAUGUGUUUUAUUGGGCUACAACAGUGAAUCAAAAGCUUACAAGAUGUAUGAUCCUGUUGAGAAGAAAAUUCACAUCAGCCGAGAUGUGAUAUUUGAGGAAGAAAAGAAGUUGACUUGGGAAAGAAAUCACUUGGCUGAGCAAGAUGUCGAGCUUGAGUGGGAAGAUAUGAAUGGGGAAGUAAAUGAAGAAGGUGACGAGAAUGAUGCAAUAACUGAGGAAGUUGAUGCAGGAUCUGAAGAUGCAGAAAAUGCAGGAGGUGAAAAUGUCGAACCUGAAACUCAAGUUGGAGAAACCAGAGCUCGAAGACCACCUAUAUGGGCUGCUGACUACACUUCAGGAGAGGAUUUAUCAGAUGCUGAGGAAGAAAUCAACAUGGCAACGAUUGACAUGGUAAAUCUCGAGCAUCUUGCUUUCAUGAUCAUCUCUGAUCCCACAAGUUUUCAAGAAGCAGUCAAACACCAAAAAUGGAGAGAAGCGAUGAAUGCAGAAAUGAACUCCAUUGAGAAGAAUCAAACAUGGUCUCUUGUCUCUUUGCCAGAUGGAGCUAAGGCCAUUGGAGUUAAGUGGAUCUACAAAACCAAGUUUAAUGAGCUGGGAGAGGUGGACAAGUUCAAAGCGAGGUUAGUCGUGAAAGGCUAUGCGCAGGAAUAUGGAGUGGAUUACACGGAAGUUUUUGCUGCAGUGGCUCGCAUGGACACCGUACGUAUGAUCCUUGCUGUAGCUGCGCAUAAAGGCUGGACUGUCUACCAGUUAGAUGUCAAAUCUGCAUUCUUACACGGAAAGCUAGAGGAGGAUGUGUACGUGGAACAACCUCAAGGAUAUGAAGUUUCAGACAAGAAGGAGAUGGUCUAUAAGCUACACAAGGCUCUCUAUGGACUAAAACAAGCACCACGAGCUUGGUUUAGUCGCAUAGAAGCUUAUUUUAUCAAGGAGGGUUUCACAAACAGUCCAAAUGAACAGUCUCUGUUCAUCAAGAAGCUCGGAGGUAACAUUCUGAUUGUUAGUGUGUAUGUUGAUGAUUUGCUGUUCACGGGAAACAAUGAUGAGAUGUUGGAAGAGUUUAAGUGUUCAAUGAAGCGUGAGUUUGAUAUGACUGACUUGGGGAAGAUGAGAUACUUUCUUGGUAUCGAAGUGAUACAGAAACCAGAGAAAGGAAUCUUUAUUUGGCAAAGGAAGUAUGCUGCUGAAGUAAUUGACAGGUUUGGAAUGCAACAUUACAAUCCUGUCUGCAAUCCGAUUGUACCAGGUCAAAAGAUCAGUCGAGAUGAGUCCGGUGAGAGGAUCGAUGCAACACUAUACAAACAGAUGGUGGGAAGUCUGAUGUAUCUCACUGCAUCACGACAUGAUCUAAUGUUUGUGGUGUGCUUGAUCAGUCGUUUCAUGGCAUCUCCGACUCAAUUACAUCUGGCCAUUGCAAAGAGAGUUGUGCGAUAUCUGAAAGGAACAUUGGAGUGUGGUAUUUGGUACAAGCGGCAGAUGAUGAGUGAAUUGGUGGCAUACACAGACAGUGAUUAUGCAGGAGACAUAGAUGAUAGCAAAAGCACGUCGGACUAUGUGUUUAUGAUGAGUGGAGGAGCUGUUGCAUGGUCAUCUCGAAAACAACCCAUUGUCACUCUCUCCACCACGGAAGCAGAGUAUGUUGCGGCUGUAGCUUGUUCAUGUCAAGCCAUUUGGAUGAGAAGAAUACUAAAGGAGAUCAGUCAUGUUCAAGCUGAAGAGAUGGUGGUGCUUUGUGACAACACUUCAACUAUCAAGUUAUCCAAGAAUGCUGUGAUGCACGGAAAAUCCAAACACAUAUAG